UACAAUGUGAUAAUACUCCGUUCAAAAACGUCACACUUCUAAAUGAUUUAUGUCCAACAAAUCCACCAAAUCCAAUGGCAUACGAUUUUGGCAUAUUCGUUGACAGUCUUCAGUCUGGCAUAGUGGGAACAACAGAUUUUCCUCAAAAACUCUUGAUGUGUUUGUCGUGGGGCUUACGAAAUUUGAGGUUUGUCCUACAUAAGUAUUUUUAUUCUUAGAUAUUGCAUCAUUCACACGAAUACACUAGUGCAUGGGAUGUGCCGACGUUUAACUAUCAAGAUUCAGUCACGCAAGCCGUCCAAUGAGUUGUCCCUUUUCAAAUAUUGUUUUAAUAUAUUGCUCCAAUGAAUUCUGCAGUUCUUUUGCUUCAAACCUCAACUCUAGUACCAAUGCAUGGGAAAGCGCCUUUGUAAUUUCUAUUUCGAUCAGUGGCCUGCUACUAUUCAUGUAUCUGCUUGGACAUGUGCAAACAUUUAUGCAGGCAAUUAGCAGAACAUCUCAGAUUUGGCAGCGGAUGCGAGUCAUAGAUCCACGAAUAAAGUUCAUGGUAUCUGAAUAUGGUCUUGAAAAGAGGGUAGAAUAUGCAAUUUGGGAAUUGGUAAUCGAAGCACUUGAAGAGGACGAAGGUCGUGCUGCAGAGAAUAUCUUCUCGUUACUUCCUUGGGAACUUCAGAGACGUUUGAAGUGCCAUCUCUUCUUGGCUACACCUACACUAACGAAAUUGCCAGGGCUUGAAAACAAGGACAGACAAGUGUUGGAUGCAAUCAUGGAGGAUCUUGAGCCAGUAAGCUAUGCUGAUGGUACCUAUAUUAUUCGAGAGGGGGAGCCACUAGAUAGGAUGCUCUUCAUCACGCAGGGCAUUGCACUUGCUUACAAGACUGGAACUACUGGUGGCGAAAGUGGCUCGUCAAGCACUGCAUAUCUUGAGAAAGGUGAUGUUUAUGGAGAAGAACUUAUAGGUUGGGCGGCGACAUCUACCCCAUUUUCCGGCUUACCUAUCUCAGGCCAAACCGUCAAGUCCCAAUUUUCCGGCUUACCCAUCUCAGACCAAACCGUCAAGUCCCACGAAAAAGUUGAAGUCUUUGCAAUCAGGGCUGCCAGAUUAAUACAAAUUUUCAACACAGAGGUUGUUACUACGGUGGAAAUAACUAGUAACUAAAUUUUUAAUUCAAAAUAAUUAUAUAUUCAGCUAUUUUUCAAAUUUAAAGAAUUUAAACGUCAUCUACUUUCCUCAACGUUAGCAAAACACAAGAAUACCUGUCAGGUUCAAUUGUACCACAAUUGUAAUAGAGAAAGCUCUUUAGGUGAGUUUCAAUGGCUGUUACGGUCGUAAUGAAGGUUUAAGCAGCAAUCCAAAGACUCCCCUCAACAGUUCCAUUGAGAAAUUGACUAAUACUGUCGACUCUCGACCGAUACAAAACUAAGUUGCAAUUCUUCUGAGGGCAGGUCUAGAGGAACUUCCUAACCAAAGAUUGGUCCUACAAUAAUUCAUCACUAUGUUUUUUUUUGCUAAAUAGGAUCCAAAUUCAAUCACUCCAAGUAAUACCAAUCAUGGAAUCGAACGAGAAAGAGUCCGUUUCCUUU